AUGCAAGUGGAUCUUGAUGUCCUGAUUACUGAGGUUCAGUUAAGACCACUGUUGUGGGACAGAUCAGACCCCAACCACAGCAACAGAAUGCUGAUCCAAAAUGCUUGGGAAUCCAUAGCUAACGCUAUGUAUGAUAACUUCCGAGAAAUGACUGAACAUUCAAGAGAAGAAAUUUUAAAAGAACUACGUACCAGAUGGAAGUCCACCAGGGACUACUACAUCAAAAUGUCGAAUAAACAGGAGACUAGUGGAUCAUCCCCGGCAAAGCGGGCUAAAAUUCCUUAUGAGGAACAACUGACUUUCCUGCAACCAAGCAGACAGCUUCGUAGAACAAGUGGAAAUUACCAGGCGGAAACACCAGCUGAAGAAGCCAUGGAUGUCCUCCAAGAGGAUAUCACGCCACGUACAUCUGGAACAACUACUCCAGUUCCGGAAACUUCCACAGAGAGUGAUGGAAGGGAGAGGAAUCCUCAAGAUCCGGAUCCCUCCCAGGCUCCUACCUCGCAGGAGACUCCUGGUCCCUCCCAAGCUACUACCUCCCAGGAUACUAACCCCCCUUCAUCACAGUCUACCCAACGUCGUCCCCGUCGUACCCUCCGGAUAAGAGAUAAACAGUUGGAAGUAGAAGAACAAGCUUUAUCUCUUAUCCGCAGGACCGAUGGGAACAACGACUGUGAUUAUUUCUCAUACACACUGGCCACACACUGCCGUAAAAUUCCAAAUAAUGUUAAUCGGCAAGAUUUUAUGUCAUAUUGUUUUGCUGCAGCAACAUUGUUUGCCUAUGUGAAACCUCUGCCUCCAGUAGAGGAUUUAAUUAAAGACCUAAAAAUUUAA